AUGAGGGCCUUUCUAUCCAUUCCAACCUUGCUCCUUGCGGCCUUCAUACGUGAAGCCAGUUCGUCUGCACAUACACAUACUAAGCGGGACUCGUGUGUGGGGUUUGCCUCUAUCCCCGCGGGACCUUACACCCUUUAUCAGAACCUCUGGGGUCAGGGCAGCGCUACAUCUGGAUGGCAAUGCACUGGCUUGGAUUACCAGGGUGGAGAUGUAGUAACGUGGCACACCACCUGGGACUGGCAAGGAGGCCGAACCGACGUGAAAUCUUACUCAAAUAUUGAUUACACUUUCAAUCCACGGCAACUGAGUUCUAUUUCACGUAUCCCAACCACCUGGAAAUGGAGUUACACUGGCUCAAAUGUCGUUGCCGAUGUUUCUUAUGAUAUGUUCACCAGCUACUCUCCUAGCGGGUCCUCGGCAUACGAGAUCAUGAUCUGGCUAGGUGCCUUGGGUGGUGCAGGCCCAAUAAGCCACACCGGUUCACCAAUCACUACAGUCACGAUUGCUGGUAUUUCAUGGGAUCUCUUCGAAGGCCCGAAUGGAGCCACCACCGUUUUCAGCUUCGUCGCUCACGGCGAGCAGACUUCAUUUAAUGCCGACCUCCUUGAUUUCUUGCAAUAUUUGAUUCAAAGCCAGGGUUUGCCCUCGACUCAGUAUCUAAGUGGCAUUGGCGCUGGAACUGAGCCGUUCGACGGAUCCAACGCCCAGUUCACAACAGGCGAGUACGUCAUUACAAUCACCUAA